GAGCCCUGGCGACGGGGAGAGCAUGGGGCUGUACGCGGCGGCCGCGGCCGUGCUGGCCGGCGUGGAGAGCCGCCAGGGCUCCCUCAAGGGCUUGGUGUAUUCCAGCAACUUCCAGAACCUGAAGCAGCUGUACGCGCUGGUGUGCGAGACGCAGCGCUACUCGGCCGUGCUGGACGCCGUCAUCGCCAGCGCCGGGCUCCUGCGCGCCGAGAAGAAGCUGAGACCGCACCUUGCCAAGGUGCUAGUGUAUGAAUUGUUGCUGGGAAAGGGGUUUCGAGGGGGUGGAGGCCGAUGGAAGGCGCUGCUGGGCCGGCACCAGGCAAGGCUCAAGGCCGAGCUGGCCCGACUCAAGGUUCGUCGGGGUGUGAGCCGAAACGAGGACCUGUUGCAAGAGAGCUCCAAACCUGGCCAAGCCUACCAGGUACCACGGUUCGUGCGUGUGAACACGCUCAAGACCCGCCCUGAGGAUGCGAUCGAUUAUUUCAAGAGACAAGGUUUCUCCUACCAGGGUCGGGCUUCCAGCCUGGAGGACUUGCGAACUCUCAAGGGGCAGCAUUUUCUUUUGGAUCCCUUGCUGCCUGAGCUUCUUGUAUUCCCUGCACAGACAGAUCUGCACGAGCAUCCGCUCUACCGCGCUGGUCAUCUCAUCCUGCAGGAUAAGGCCAGCUGCCUCCCAGCCAUGCUGCUGUCCCCCCCACCAGGCUCCCAUGUCAUUGAUGCCUGUGCCGCCCCUGGCAACAAGACCAGCUACAUUGCAGCCCUCCUGAAGAACCAGGGGAAGAUCUUUGCUUUCGACCAGGAUGCUAAGCGGCUGGCAGCCAUGGCUACAUUGCUGGCUCGGGCUGGGGUCUCUUGCUGUGAGAUAGCAGAGAAGGACUUCCUGACAGUCUCUCCCUCUGACCAGCGUUACAGCCAGGUCCAGUACAUCUUGCUGGAUCCUUCUUGUAGUGGCUCUGGCAUGCUGAGCCGGCAGCUGGAGGAACACGGGGAAGACACACCUAGCAAGGAGCGCUUGCGGGCCUUGGCCGGCUUCCAGCAGCGGGCUCUGUGCCACGCACUCAGGUUCCCCUCUCUGCAGCGUCUGGUCUACUCCACGUGUUCCCUUUGCCAAGAAGAGAAUGAAGACGUGGUCCAGGAGGCUCUACAGCACAACUCAGGGACAUUCAGGUUGGCUCCUGUCUUACCCGCGUGGCCUCACCGAGGUCUGAGUACCUUUGCAGGGUCUGAACACUGCCUCCGGGCUUCCCCUGAAACCACGCUCACAGGGGGCUUCUUCAUUGCUGUGUUUGAACGUGCAGAGGUUCCCAGCCCCACAGACCAGACCAGCAAUGGAUCCAGAACCUCUCAGCCAAGCCCCAAAGAGAAAGAGAAGACGCAAAGCAGCAGCUGGUGCCAGCAUGCAGCCAAGCACAUAGGCACCGAGUGCCCCACGGCCAGCAGAACCAACCGUGCUUACUGUGGGAACCCUGCUCUUCUGGGAAGGAAGAUGACGUCCUGGCACUCCGUGUCCCUCACUGGACCCAGUCCUACCAGUCAAGAGUUCUUCGCUUCACAAAUAAAGGGCAAACUCAGAUCUAUGACAGAUCACAGUUUUAUUUUUAAUGACAUAAGCAAGAACAAUCUCACAUUCAUACUAAAAAUCUCAGCUAUACUCACAGGAACUCAGUCUGUGGUGGGAAGCCCCGGCCUCCCGUCCCUGUCCAGCGUGAGCACGGACAAAUGUGCUCACACACCGAGGCUACUCCAGGAUGCCUCCGCAGGGGCCUGGAUACAGGCCUGCUGUGGAGCUGAGGUAAUUAGCUCAGACUGAAUUGCAGGGAGGCCCCUUCCUUACCUGAGGCACAGGUAGAGGCUUUGUGUUCAGACCCCCACCCAUCUCCAUCCUUGCAGGCAUUUGGGACUUGAGGUCCAGCUCUUCUCCAGCUCCACACAACCCAGCCUAACCNCUGGCAUAAAACAUUCAAUCCCAGUCACAAAGGGAAGGGGACCAGUUACAGCUACAUCACACUGUUUAUAAAAUAAUCACACUUAUANGACAGGUCUAGAAGGCGCUCUGCCCUCAGCUGCUCCUCGGGGGGGGCUGCUGGGGACAGCUGUGAGCCCCUCCUUCACACAGGCGUAACUAUACAGCUAAUUCUACUAUUCAAUAGCAUUUAUACUUAACCACCCCAGUGAACCAAGCUUGAAGGAAUUUUAA